UCUCCGCCCCUGAUCACACCCCACCCACCAUGCCUACAGUCUCAAAACCCCAACAAACAAGUUGUCACACAGACUGAUAAAGUCCGAUCAAGGAGUCCCCACUCACUCAUAAAAGAUCCAAAUCUAGUUAUUUAACUACAAAGCGGCGAGAGUUAAAAGGAAACUCUUGCUGACAACCGGAGAUGACUGUGAGGAGACUCUGGCGGAAAUGUCUUAUCACGGUAAGGAGUUUAUGGAGCCGGUUCCAUUUGUCCCUCCACUGGCUCUCCGCGGCCUCUCCAUGGAGAACAGUGGAGCACACUACAAGGAUGCGCUUCGACUUGGACUACCCUUGCACCUGGAAGCUGGAUACCUUGACCCUGUGCACGGCCAGGGGUUACCUUACAGACAAUUAUCCUAUUUCCCCUUCCACGCGCCCCUCGGCUUGUGUGAUUAUUCAUUUGAGCCUGCGUUCAUCCGGAAAAGGAACGAAAGGGAGCGACAUCGAGUGCGCUGCGUAAACGCGGGUUACGCGCGGCUCAGAGAGCAUCUGCCGCGGGAGUUUGAGGACAAACGGCUCAGUAAAGUGGAGACACUGCGGGCGGCUAUUGACUAUAUCAAACACCUGCAGAGCCUGCUGGACUUAAACGUGUCCGGGAUGGAGAUGUCACUUGGAGACGCGUACAACCGUGAACAGUUACCUCAGUUACCAAAGAGGACAGAGUGCAACAGUGAUGGAGAAUCCAAAACUGGCCUCAGCGACAGUGGGGAAAUUGUUUAAUAACUCUCUCUCU